CAGUACUUUACUAAGGAAACGUCAAUUGAAUCGAUUUAGUUGGUUCGUUACAACUGGUGUCGAAGAAUUUAUCAUAGGUGGUGGUCAAUCACUACAAGGUGAAAAUUUCGAUGAAGAAGUAACUGAAACUGAUAAGCAUUAUAUACAAGGUGGUCCGAGUUGGUUAGAGAAAUCACCGAGCUUUAAAAUUAUGGUGCAUAGUCCCGAAAAACGUGUUAAACUUGGAGGUGUUCAGGAGUAUACUAUCUUUCAUGUAACGUCUAUGUUCUCAGAAGGUGUUCAAAUUACUGUUGAAAGGAGGUUUAGUCAAUUUGAGUGGUUGUAUAACCGUUUAGCAAAUAAAUUUGGCGCAUUUGUGUUGUCUCCUCUUCCCGAAAAGCAAUAUUCUGGGCGUUUUAAUGAGGAAUUUAUAGAAAAGCGUCGUCGUGCUUUGGAAAGAUUUAUUAAUCGGUUGGCCCGUCAUCCAAUAAUUCGAUAUUCUGAGAUUCUGACGCAUUUUCUUAGUUGCAAUGAUGAUUCGGAAUGGCGUAAACGAGAAAAGCAGUUUGAAAAUGAUAAACUUGUUGGUCAUGCAUUUUUUCAACACGUUUACCACCCAGAGUUCAAUGUUGAUGAUGGAGAAAUAGAUACCAUAGAGCGAUUUGAAUCACAUGCCCGAGCUAUGGAAAAACUGAUGCCAUGGAUCAAUGAGGCAUCACAAGCCCAUAAAGAUUCUCUAGAAGAAAUGCAACGUCAGUACCGUAGAGUUAACUACGCAUUACUUAGGCUCAUUACAGGCCAUGAUGCUUGUGAAAGUAAUGAUUCAAUUAAUGAUGAAGGCGCAUGGUGUUGGAGGGAUGGAUGUAAAGCUUGUCUUAGUCUUACUAAAGCACUCCAAUCCACCGUUGAAAGCAUGCAGGCAAUUGCAGAUAUGUAUAAAUCACAU